CUUCUUCUCCCCCGCCCCCUUUUUCCUAGCGGCACGGCACCAGGCCCGCCCUGGUGGCAUCUUCGUAAUUUCGCGCCUCUUCUCCGCCACGGCGGCUGGGGGUGAGAGGAGGUAUGGGAAACGCCAGCGGCCGCGACGAGGACGCCGCGGCUGUUGACGGCGACGGCGCCGACGUGGAGGACGGCGGAGGGGACUCGUCGGAGCGCGACUUCCCAUCGUACGGUAGCGGAGGAGCCAACCACGUGCGGCGCGCGUGCUCAGUGGGCGUCGUAGGGGGCGGCGCCGCCGCCGGAUCGCCACCCGGGAGCCCCGGUCACUCGCUCUCGCCGCGGAUGUUCGUGCCCCAGACCCCUGUACCUCCACUGCAACGGGCUGCUGAUGUAACCCCAGUGUUCAACCAGAUAUUGAUGGAUGAACAAGAAGAAUACGAUGGCCCCCCUCAAAAAGAAAUUCCUGCUUUAAUUGUCUGGACCCUUGGAGGAAAGAAUGUAUAUGUUGAAGGAUCAUGGGAUAACUGGAAAUCAAGAAAAGCCAUGCAAAAAUCUGGGAAAGAUCAUUCUCUUUUGCUGGUACUCCCAGCAGGAGUUUACCGAUACAGAUUUGUUGUAGAUGGAGAAAGGAGAUGUCUUCCUGAUCUCCCCUGUGAAAUCGAUGCAAUGGGCAAUGCGGUUAACCUUCUUGAUGUUAAUGAUUAUGUCCCUGAAAGUGUUGAGAGCGUGGCAGAGUUUGAGCCACCUCCUUCUCCAGACUCUAGCUACAGUUUCCAGGCACCUGAGGACAAGGACUUCGCCAAGGAGCCUCCUGUUCUUCCAUCUCAACUCCAUCUCGGUGUUCUUAACUCACAGAACUCGGAAGAAAGCUGUGCGCGGCCGCAGCACAUAGUCCUCAAUCACCUCUUCAUAGAGAAGGGCUGGGGCGCCCACCCUCUGGUGUCUCUCGGCCUAACCCACAGGUUCGAGUCCAAAUAUGUAACAGUCGUCCUGUACAAACCCAUCGAACGAUAGCAAUAGCCCGCGCCUGAAGAGCGGAAGUUGACAACUCACUGUGGGAGCAGCGAUGAACAGCGCCGAAGUGGUACAUGCUUGUAAAAGCGGUUGAGGUCCAGGAGUAUUUUUUUCCCGUGCCCUUAGCUUGCACAA